AUGAAUCAGGCUCUUUGGAAAGAGGAGGAGGGGGCCAGAAUUGUUGCCAAACAGUUAUAUGAUGGGAUACGGCGAAAAGUACCAGAAGGUGAGCUAUGUGCCGUUUGUUCGGAUUUGGCCACAGGUUACCAUUACGGUGUGGCAAGUUGCAAUGGCUGCAAAACUUUCUUUCGUCGCACAAUUGUCUCUGAACAUACGUUCGUUUGCCAGUAUGAUGGGAAUUGUGAUGUGAACAAAAAUAUUCGCUGCGCAUGCCGUCACUGUCGGUUCAAAAAGUGUGUUGCUGUUGGGAUGGAUUCAAAAGCAAUACAGAACGACCGUGACCGUAUUGGUCCGACAAAAAAGAUGAAGUUAAGUAGCCAAAGCUCUGAUGAUGACGGUACUGUACAGCUACAACAUUCUGAAGAAGAGCAACUAAUUUCCAAGUUGAGCGAGAUCGAGGAUCGUUGCUUACGUUUGCGUAAGUGCGUGCUUCCAGAUGUUAAGGGCUUGGAUGAUGUUUUUGAUUCCCCAUCGUUGGUCUACGAUGUUGACAACCUCCCAACUGAUCCUUAUUCUCAGCCGAAAGAGCUCUACAUAGCCAAUAUGACAGACAUUCAGCGUUUUAACAAACGUGAAGUUAGAGUCGGCUUAGAAUGGGCAAAAACUUUUGAGUGUUACAAUUCACUGUCACGCGAUGAUAGGAGAGCUCUAAUCAAAAACUUUGGGUUCGCUUUCAAUUUUCUUAACCGUAACUAUUACUCGGAGGAUCAUGGUCCUGACAAAUUAGUUUUGUUGAAUGGUGCUUAUAUACGUCGUCAAGUUCAAAGCGAAAUCAAACUACCUGGCUGCCGAGCCACAUAUACCAGACAAAUGGAUGAAAUAAUGAUACCUCUCAGGACGCUUCAAGUGACUGUUCCAGAGUUCGCGUUAUUUAAAGCAAGCAUAUUUUUUAAUCCAGAUGCUUUGAAUCUUUCUCGCCCUGCAAAACAGACUGUGUAUGCGGAACGUUCUAAAUACUUGGGCGCUUUGUUUUAUUUGAUGACUUCAAAACUUGGUAUUACUGCCGGUGCACAAAAAUAUGGCAGUUUACUAAUGAUGGCGUCAUCAGUUCAGAACAUCAUCGCAUUAAACGAAGAAAAUAUGCAAGUGAUGGAUUUCUUUGAAGAGAACUGGAAAAUGGAUAGCUUUGUCAAGGAAGUUUGCUUGAAGGAUCCCUAA